AUGAACGAUGAAAUUAACGAGCUACCACCCAAAAUAUGUGAACAAUGUUUAGGCAAUGAGACUAAUAUACGAAUGACCAAGAUUCCACAAGGUUCUGAAUGUAAGAUAUGUACCCUACCAUUCACGUUAUACCAUUUCAAGACGUCCAAAAGAAGCAGUAAUCUUAUUAAAACACUAAUAUGUCAAAGAUGCGCUACCCAGAGAAACAUUUGUCAAUGUUGUAUGCUUGAUUCAAGAUGGCAUAUACCCAUACAGCUGCGGGAUCAUUUGAUAUCUAUUGUCAAUGAGGAAAAUGUUAUAACAGAGGAGGCUAAAAACGACAUGAUGAAAAGAUUUUUGUCACUUAAAGACGUGAAAUUAGGAGGGGCUCAAAUAACGAGCGAUGCGUCAGAAGCAGAUAACAUCAUUGACAAAUUAAAAAGCAUACUUCUGCGAGCCACAUCAGAUAAUUCAAAUCUUCCAUUGCAAAGACAAAAGGUUACAGCGGUAAAUCAAAACGAACAUGAUACGAACGAUGUAAAAAAUAUAGAAAAAUACGCAUCCUUGGACAUUUCUUAUCUUUUAAAGAAAUUACCUUUGAACGAAUCGUUUUCAAGGAAUGCCUCUACCCGAUCAUAUUUCCUUUAUAAUAUUGACACUUCAAUACCCGAGUGGAAAAUAUCUGAUGCGAUCUCACAAUUAUUAGAUGUGAAGAAAUGGAGCGAUGGAAAUUCGCUAUCAUUAAUAGUGAAUCACAAGGCAAGAUGUGGAGGCUUAAGGUUUCAAUCUAAUGAAUUAGGGGAAAAAUUCGUCAGCAAAAUAAGUGACACACUUAGCACUCCGAAGGACUUGAAGAGGGGAAUAUUGCCUAUCGAGCGGUUCAAGAUAUUUAUUAUUCCCUGGACAUCCGGAUUUUCUGCCGCAUCAUUCGGUGCCAACGUUGCAGAAAAUAUAAAACUCAGUUUAAGCUUAAAUAAACUUAUUCAGUUGGAGUUAGGCGUUCAUUCUUUUGUAAAAAGUGCUGACAAUUCGAAGAAAGGCAAGACAAAGACACCAAAGAAAGUUCAUAAGCUUAAAGCGAAGAAAUCAAAAUCGCGGGCUAACAAGUUAAUAUUAUAG